AUGGCUCCCGAAUGGCUGUUCGACAUCCUGGUGCCGGCAGGCAACACCCUGUCGCCGGGCUGCACCUUCCAUCAACUGCUCGAGGACGUGUGGAAGAGCCUCUUCGACUCGCUGAAGGACGGCAAAAAUGCCCUCGCCGCGCGCGAGGCCAUCAUCUCGUGCAUGACGCCGCUCGGCAUCCCGCAGGCCGACGCCGAGGAGCUGGCCAAGAACAUCGUGGCCCGGCCCUUCGGCAUUGUGGCCCGCCGGCCGGCCGCCAGCAACCUGGUCACCCUGCGCCCGGCAAGCAUCCCGGAGGCCCCGGGCCCGGAGCCGGGGCAGGCCGCCCCGCGCAAGCCGGCCCAGCGCUCGGGCAACACCCUGGUCAUCAUCCCGGAGGCGCCGGCGGCCCCCCCGCCGGUGUUCUUCCCGCCCCGGGCCAAACUCGGCAAACCCUGCAAUACCUUCCUCAUGGAGGGAUGGUGCGACCGCAUGGACAGCUGCCUGUACGACCACAAGAUCAAGCUGGACCCCCGUUCGGUGGGCGUGCCCGGGAGCACCUCGAUGGUGGACGUUUCGCGCAACCCCUGCCACACCUACCUGACCGAGGGAUGGUGCCGCUUCGAGGACCGCUGCCUGUAUACACAUUAUGAGACGCUGCCGGUGGAGGCGGAGGACAGCCGGCCGACGGUCCGGCCGGCCCGGCCGCGCGAGACCGAGCCGGCCCCGGCGGCCAGCCCCCCGGCCCCUGCGUCGCCGACGCCGGCGGCCGAGCCGACACCGGAGGCCGCGGCCCCGGGCGGCACCAGCCCGCUGCUGGCACCCCGGGCCGCCCGGCGCCAGAAGUUCGUGCCGAUCUCGACCGUGCUCGGGCAGUCGCCGUGGGGCGCGCGGGCGGCGGUCCGGCCCCCGGGCGAGGAGCAGCCGGCCGGCCCCACGGCCGAGGCCGGCCACGUGCAGGAACCCCACCAGGGGGAGCUGCCCGGCGCGGCGGACCCCAAGGCCCCGCCGGGGCCGGACCCGGCCGACGCCGGCGAGGCAGGCUCGCAGGAGCUCGACUCGAAGGCCGACCCGCCGCCAGCCCCGCUGCACCUGGGCCCCUCCUUCGAGCGGUUCAUCAUGACGGCAUACAAUCGCGACAGCCCGGGCAUGUACCUGUGCUACACCGCGAGCAACAUCAAGCACAUCCUGAAGCUCCUGGACCAGCGCCGCACGGACGGCCUCAUCUCCGAGCUGCCCGACCGGGUGCUCCACUGGCGGCCCUCGCCGUCGUCCGUGCAGACGCUGUACACGAGGCUGCGCAAGCCGCUGGAGGCCAUGCAAGAGAACUACGACAAGCUGUGCAACACGGAGCCCCUGGACGUGGAGGCCCUGCAGCAGGCCCGGCUGGAGUUGCGGCUCGCCCGGUGGCAGUCAGGGCGCGAGAUCUUCAAAUGCCGCAACCUCGAGUGGGACUUCGAGCGGAUCCUGGACAAGCUUCCCCGGGUGGCGGACUUCCAGGGGCUGCACCUGGUGGAGGCCCUGGUUUACUUGCUCUUCGCCAUCCAGCGCCUGCAGCGGGUGGCCAACCACACCGGGCGCUUCCAGAUCAUGAGCAUCAUCACCGGCUCGGCCCCGCUGUCGGUGUACAGCACGGCCACCAAGCGCCUCAACCGCAUCCACAUCGCCCUGGCCACGGACCUGCUUUAUCGCGGCAUCUACUUCAAGGAGAACCACAACCCGACCUUCCUGUAUCUGUCCUUCCGCGUGGAGCCGCAGGAAAUGGAUGCCGAUGCCUAGGCCGCCCGGCCGCCGGGGCGCCUGGAAGGAAGGGGCAGGAGGCCGCCCACAUGUGAGUUACCGUGCGAAUACACCGCGCCUGCGCGA